UUAUUAAAGUAACUCUUUUCUGUAGGAAUCCUAGAAUACAGAAGGAAGUAAAAAUCCCCCAUAAUCCCACUGCCAUAUUAUAUAUAACAAAAUUAGGACCGUAUUCAUACUGCAACUUACUUUUGUUUUCACUGGAGACUAACAUAGGUUUAGAAAAUUCUUAAAUUGUCGUUUAGCAUCGCGUCAGAAUUCCUGUUUUUCAACCAUCCAAAUACUUUUCUGAGGAGAAAUCUAAGGCCUUUAAAGGAAUGAAUGACCCCUGCUUUAGGCGUACCUUUAAAUUUUGAACCUUUAAAAGGCCCCUUUAAAAGGAGACACCAGCACUCAGGCGAGCCACUCAGCGAGUCUCCACCCCAGAGCUGAGGGAGCUCCAAGCCCGCGGGGUUUGUCGAGGCUCCAAUGUCUCCGUGCGGCCUGGCUGUAGCGUCCCCUGGUGGCGGCAGCGAGGACGGCUGAGCACAAGGUUGGGGGUCAGAUCGACUGCCAAGCCCUUCUCUUCCGAGAAAUCCUUUUAAUCGGUUUGGGAGCCGCUUUCUUAACCAGGCCCGCGUUUGCCUCUGUGACCUUCUGCUGCACCUCCGGACUUUGAGUAGAGACUUGCGGCGCUGGAGGGGUCUGCUCUGCAGAUGACCGACCGCCGAGUGGCCCCGAGGCGGGGCGAAACUCAGCCCGGGCGGCUGGGGCUGAUUUCCGCACCCGUCCCUCACCACCCCGUCUGGGGCGUUUGUGAAGUUUUGAACUUCCGGGGUUGGUUCUCUUGAGCUUUUGGUGGGGUGGCCGGCCGAGGGGCGUCGCUGUGCCGAGUGUUUGGGCGCGGCCCUUUAAACUUUUUUGCUGUUUAAACUUCGGGGGUGUGGUCGCGGCCCUCCUCUCCCCGGCCGCCCAGUACUUCCCUCUGCCCCGCCUUCCAGAUGCUGUGGAGUCAUGAGCCGGGAGGGUGCAGGGACCCCUUUGGUGGCCGAGGUGAUCAGAGAUCGCCUUUGUUUUGCCAUUCUCUUCAGCAGACCAAAGAGUUCAUCAAAUGUACAUUAUUUCAGCAUAGAUAAUGAACUUGAAUAUGAAAACUUCUACGCAGAUUUUGGGCCACUCAAUCUAGCAAUGGUUUACAGAUACUGCUGCAAGAUAAAUAAGAAAUUAAAGUCCAUUACAAUGAUGAGGAAGAAAAUUAUACAUUUUACUGGCCCUGAUCAGAGAAAACAAGCAAAUGCUGCUUUCCUUGUUGGAUGUUAUAUGGUUAUAUAUUUGGGGAAAACUCCAGAAGACGCAUAUAGAAUAUUAAUGUUUGGAGAUGCAGCCUAUAUUCCUUUCAGAGACGCUGCCUAUGGAAGUUGCAAUUUCUUCAUUACACUUCUUGACUGUUUUUAUGCAGUAAAGAAGGCAAUGCAGUAUGGCUUCUUUAAUUUCAACUCAUUUAACCUGGAUGAAUAUGAAUACUAUGAAAAAGCAGAAAAUGGAGAUUUAAAUUGGAUAAUACCAGACCGAUUUCUUGCCUUCUGUGGACCUCAUUCAAGAACCAGACUUGAAAGUGGUUACCAUCAGCAUUCUCCUGAGGCUUAUAUUCCAUAUUUUAAGAAUCACAACGUUACUACAGUUAUUCGUCUGAAUAAAAGGAUGUAUGAUGCCAAACGCUUUACAAAUGCUGGUUUCGAUCACUAUGAUCUUUUCUUUGCGGAUGGCAGCACCCCUACUGAUGCCAUCGUUAAAGAAUUUCUGGAUAUUUGUGAAAAUGCAGAGGGUGCCAUUGCAGUACACUGUAAAGCUGGCCUUGGACGAACAGGCACUUUGAUAGCCUGCUACAUCAUGAAGCAUUACAGGAUGACAGCAACCGAGACCAUUGCUUGGGUCAGAAUCUGCAGGCCUGGCUCAGUGAUUGGACCACAGCAGCAAUUUUUGAUGAUGAAACAGGCAAGCCUCUGGAUAGAAGGUGACUAUUUUCGUCAAAAGUUGAGGGGUCAGGAGAAUGGAAAACACAGAGCAGCUGUCUCAAAACUCCUUUUGGCUGUGGAUGACAUUUCAAUCAAUGGGGUCGAGAACCAAGACAAGCAAGAACCUGAACUGUACAGUGAUGACGACGAAAUCAAUGGAGUGACACAAGGUGAUAGACUUCGGGCCCUGAAAAGCAGAAGACAGUCAAAAACAAAUGCUAUUCCUCUCACAGUAAUUCUUCAGUCCAGUGUUCAGAGCUGUAAAACAUCUGAACCUAACAUUUCUGGCAGUGCAGGCAUUACUAAAAGAACCACCAGAUCUGCUUCAAGAAAAAGCAGUUUUAAAAGUCCCUCCAUUUCAAGGACUAAAACAGUCUUGCGUUAAGUAAAAACCUGUGACCAGAACUGAAAGAAGACUCUAGGAACAGAAAACUACAACAGGACUUUAGCACAAUUUAUUUGGGAAAAAAAAAAAAAAUUGCAAAAGCCUUAGCUGCUUUCCACCUAACAAGUUUAUUCAAUGAAGAAAAUGUCCACUGGAAUUUAAAUAACUACAUGAGCUUGGGUGCAAGUGAAUGACUUGAAGAGGGCCCAACUCUCCUAUAGAAAUGUCUUGAACACAAAAAGCUGUUGUAAAUUAGUCUCAGGUGUAAAUAUCAAAGCCUUCUGUUAUCAGGAGAGCUGACUAGUCUGUGUGGUGCACGUAUGUCCCUGUGAUGGCAAUCAUUUUAGCUGCUGGCCUUCAGAAGAAUUGAAGAUCUGAUGGAGGUUUUUUACUUAUUUAUUUGCUGUUCACCCUGUGUCAAAAUUUAUAAAGAUAAAACAAGCAUUACUGAAAUGGUACUUUCUGUGAUUUGAUACUAUUUGGUUUAAUCAUCUUCACUUUAAUAUUUGUAAUACUGUUGUAAUGUUAACUCUGUUAAGUACCCAAGCUGCUUGUCUUCCACCAAAGAGUGCUUUAUUAACAAGAAUCUGUGAAAACCACAUUUAAAGACUGUUGCAUGUUGUAAUACAAAUUGGUACUUUGGUAACCUAAACCUAUUAAGAGAAUGUUAGUAGUAGCUUUAGAAGACUCAGGAAGAGAGACUAGCUUCAGAGUUGGAAAAUUGUUGUAAGUUAUUCUUAUUUGUGUCACUUUGAGUCUGAAGAAUGUCAAGGCUGCCCACUAUUUGGUUACCCAGUCAUACAAAUUAAAGUCAUACUUCCACACAGGAAAAAACCCCACACUGUUGGUGUUUCCCCUGGAAACAGUGAUCCCAAACAAUGACGACUUUUUAAAAAGGUUAUUUUGUUAGGGUCUUUCUCUGUAGCAUUGUGAAUUUUUGUUGUUGUUAUGUUAAUGGCCUCAGGCCUUUUGGUUUCACUCAUGGUUAUUUGCAUCUAGAUUUCUUUAUUUGUAAAUAAGAAACUCACUGUUGCCUUCGGUUAGGGAAUACAACUAAUAACUCUUUGCAGAGUGCCUUCUCCCCUCAAUCCCACAGAAACACAACAGUCUGUAAUGUAAAGCAAUCACAAAACAAUUUAUUUGCUGCUAAAAAGAAACAGGGCCCCAAAAUAAAAGAAUAUUUAUAAUCACCUUGGUUACUUCCAUAAGUGAAUGAUUUAGUUAUUGUUACCCAGUGUUUGGCUAUCCUAGUUUCGAGAAUGAGGAGAUAUAUUGAAAGGCAAAAUGCCUUCACAUUCUUUACAAGAUGAAUGCAUCAGGUCAGUAGGCAAUUCCAUUUUUGAAAAGCUGCCUUCUUAAUAUAGUUACAAAGAAUAAUGAGUGGUUGGAAUAAGCAGAUUAAAGUCUGUUCAAUGUAAAAAGUAAUUAGAAGACUGUGGGUCUCUUAUGGUAUCUACUGUCUUGGAGUAAAUUAUAAGUUUGCCUAGUUUUGAGGGGAGAUGGAAGAUGCCAUCGUUUUGAUCAAACAAGCAGCUCCUCCUCAUUGGGCACCAUGCGGUAGGGCCAUGCCAGGUUCUAAACAUCAGGACCAGACCUCAGAAAAAUGGUGGUUUUCUGUCCCUGAAAGUUCGUAAAUACAAAGACCCGCUUACCUGAGGGAAGACAGCUCUUGAUGAAGCUUUGAGUGGGAAAAGAAACUUUGUGUUUGCUGUGUUGUUCUGGGAGAUACUAAAUAUUCAAGCUGUGCCCAGGUAUAAAACACUGAAUUCUCAGGGCAACUCUUCUUCCCUUUAUACCUUUAAAGGCCAUUUCCUACAUAACUGAUCCCAGCAGUUAUGAAAAUCAAACUUCCAUCUGAACCAUUCUUGCUGAUCAGAACAAGUAAAUGCUGUCUCCCUCACAGUGAAUAAGCCGUCUUUAUGUUUUGGCCAAGAGUGAAAAAUUUGGGCUUCAAUGUACUUUUUGUUUUACAAAUUGACUUUUUGUGUGGCUGCUCAAGUUUUCCAGCUAGAGUUGCUAUCACUGUGGUUCUUUCUAAAAAUCCUUGUUUUUGACAGGCUCACUGAAAGUAGUCAUAGCAAACUAGUGAUUUGUUAAGAAACAUUCCUUGGAACACACAACUUGGGAUAGUGCUUCAGAUGGAUUGUAUAGCACGUUGUUAAGGGGAUAUUGAGAAUCUAGGAAGUCUCUGGGUCUGACUGAUGGAAAGUUCUUCCUGCUAUGAAUAAAAGACUCUUCCUCCUGUCCCCAGCUGAAACUUCAGCACACCCAAGAAUCUUCUCAGAAUCUCAUUUUUAAUUUCUUGUAUACGAUCUUGGUAUGGAAUAUGAAAUAGGGCAUGUCAGAUAUGGAGAGAUUUCUUUAACCUGAGAGCCUUAAACAGCUUUGAAAAUACACCAAGAGAGUUUCCAUUGGGAUAAAAAUUAGAAAUGAAUAUUUUUAGGUGCCCUUGAAGCUUUCUGGGGGCUCAGAUCAUCAACAGUCAGGGACUGUCCAAAAGAAUAUCUGCCAAACUGGGUACCUAGAUGUGUGAACAGACUUCCAUUUUGUAAUCCUAAAGAAAAACUAGAAAUCCCUCUAACCUGCGAAUGGAGAGGGAUGGAUCCUGAGCAGUGCCUCAAUAAAUCAAGUAGCCUUACUUGUCAAAAUGUAGCUGCAUCUAAGUGGCACACUGCUCUUCUGGUCUCCAGAAUUUUUCUGUUCUAAACUUGAUUCUCUUAGCCUGUCCCCUACCCACUUGCUUCCCUACCCUCUUCCACCUCUCACAGGGGUGAUUUCUACCUCUUGGGCCCAGACAAAAUCUAAAAGAGUUCCCAAGUGUUCUCAUGAGGCGAUGUGUCUGCCCUUGGGAGUGUGAGAUGCUUCGGUGAGCUGUUCGGACCAUCAGGCAUUCUGGGCCGCGUUAUGCAAAGAGCUCUGGGAGCCUUUCCUUUGCUUGACAAAUGAGCAUUGCGCUCCUUUGAUGUUUGUCAGAAAGUAGCAUAGCUGCUUCUCUUCAUACAUUUUUUAAGCUAGUAAUUGCAUUUUGGAAAGCAAAAAGCAACUUUAAAAGUCUGUUUUAAUUCUGUAACAGUUUUCUCCCCUCGAAACUGUCCUGUGAGUCUAGCUGCUGCUCUCCCUUUUCGCUUAAAUCUGGGUAUUCUCCAUGUCCCUACACGGAAAUACUACAGAUGUGUUUAAUCGACUGGACAGUUCACCUAUACUGUGUAGGAAAUUACCUCCUUAAUUGCCCAGUAGAAUUAACUGUCAGCAAAUAUGUUCAUCUGAUUAUAUUACUGCAGUUUUAUAUCAAUGAUUUGCAGACUUUUAUCUAACCUGCACUCAUGUAUAGAUUAUUAAAGGUUUUAAAAUGUAACUGAUUAAUCAAUAUUUGAUCAAUCAUUGUCUUGAUUUUUUUAAGUAAAAUGUAUAUUUCUAAUCAUAUUUUAUAAAGCUGAGAGAACUGGCUGAAUGAAUGUUUAUUUUCCUGAAGGUAUUUUUAAGAUAAAGCUUCAUAAUGGCCUGUAAACUUGGCAUAUCUAUGUAGUUUGAUACAUAUUGUCACAUUUGUGUAUUGUAAACUGGUUUUAUACAAAAUGUUGAAUAAUGGAAGUUGUAUAAUUAUAAUCAUAUCAUUAAAAGUAUUAACCAAA